AUGACUCGUCUAUCCAACGCGCUGGUGUUUCUUAGCAUUGCUGGCAGCUUCGUCGCUGGCCAGCAAUAUGACCAGGAGAAACAGAAUAAAGAUGCGACGUGCAAUAACAAAUGCUUCUUCGAGUUCUUUACCGAUAAAUGUAACUCAGAUAACCCAGCUUGUCUCUGCACACUGAAAGACAUGCGAGAGAAGUUCUUCUGCUGUCUAGCAAAGAACUGCGCCGAUAAUGUCCUACCUGAACAAAUCCCGAGAUCUUCGGAUAACUGCGACGCUUACAACCUCCCUUUCACUUUUGACCCCGAGGCUGUUUGUGGCAUCAAACUGCCCGUGUCGUCAACUACUACGUCUGGUGCCGAGGCCACGACUUCUGAAGCCUCUACAGUUUCGAAACCUCACUCCGUGUCGGCUACGGCUAAAGAUGUGGAGACGACCACUGAGACUUCGGCGGCUUCGCAGACUACAGCUGCGGCGCCUGAGACGGCGAGUGCUGAGAAUGGUGGGCUGAGAGUCAAGGCUGCUUGGGGUGGUGUUGUUCUUUCUGUUCUUUUCGGAGUAUUUGUUUGA